AAAGAAAUCAAACAAAAUUCUACACAGCAAAAAAAAAAGAAAAAGAAAAAGGAAAAUCAGUCGGAGAAAAACGAGAUGGCCGGCAUGGAAAGACUGCACCGAAUGUUCGCCGGAGCCGGCGGCGCCCUCGGCCACCCACCGCCAGACUCCCCAACACUCGAUUCGUCCGAACAAGUCUACAUCUCGUCCCUUGCCCUUCUUAAGAUGCUCAAACACGGCAGGGCUGGGGUGCCGAUGGAAGUGAUGGGUCUGAUGCUUGGUGAGUUUGUGGACGAGUAUACAGUUCGUGUGGUGGAUGUUUUCGCCAUGCCUCAGAGUGGAACCGGGGUUAGUGUCGAGGCCGUGGAUCACGUUUUCCAGACUAAUAUGCUUGACAUGCUUAAGCAAACUGGCAGACCUGAGAUGGUUGUCGGUUGGUACCAUUCACAUCCAGGAUUUGGAUGCUGGCUUUCUGGUGUUGACAUCAAUACUCAGCAGAGUUUUGAAGCUUUGAAUCAGAGGGCGGUGGCAGUGGUGGUCGAUCCAAUUCAGAGUGUGAAGGGGAAGGUUGUAAUUGAUGCCUUCCGUCUAAUUAACCCCCAAACCAUGAUGCUUGGUCAAGAGCCACGACAGACAACAUCCAACCUUGGGCAUCUCAACAAACCGUCUAUUCAAGCUCUGAUCCAUGGUUUGAACAGGCAUUAUUACUCCAUAGCAAUAAAUUACAGGAAGAAUGAACUUGAGGAGAAGAUGCUUCUGAAUCUUCACAAGAAGAAAUGGACAGAUGGUUUGACUCUUCAGCGGUUUGAUACGCACUCAAAGACUAAUGAGCAGACUGUCCAGGAGAUGCUAAGUCUAGCUGUUAAAUACAAUAAAGCAGUUCAGGAGGAGGAUGAGUUGUCGCCAGAAAAACUAGCGAUCGCCAAUGUGGGAAGGCAAGACGCGAAGAAGCAUCUAGAAGAACACGUCUCGAACUUGAUGUCUUCAAACAUUGUUCAGACAUUGGGUACAAUGCUGGACACAGUUGUCUUCUAGUUUUUUCGGGGUUUUUUUUAUUGCAUAAAUACUGAUAUGCUCUCUGGUUUUUACUUUGCUCUAUGUUCCUUAACAUUUAUUCGUAUGAAAUCUACGGUGAUUUAGCCUAUUUGCAUGUAAUGAAAUCGAUAUAUUUGUGCAUCUUUUCUUAAAUGCUCGGAUUGUCAACUCUCCCUGCGGCGUUGGUUUAUGACAAUUUUGUCGAUUUUCAUUU